GCCUCACGUGACUGGCGGCGGGGCGCGGGUAAAUCGGGGUCCCCCCAACUCUUUACACGCCCCCCCACAUUAGGAUUUGGGGGUGUCCCCCCCCCAGCAUCCCCCCAACAUGGAGGAGGUGGAUAAGAUCCUGAUCCAUUCCCUACGGCAGGCGGGGACAGCGGUGCCCCCCGAGGUGCAGAGCGUGCGGGACCUCACCCCGGAGCUGGUGGUGGAAGCCUCCGUGCGGUGCCUCCGAGCCGUGAACCCCACUUUGGGGGCCCCCCUGAGCCCCCUCCUGCCCCCCGGCAUCUCCGCACGCUUCCGGCUCGCUUCCGACCUGGCUGCUGCCUGCCAGGAGCUGGGCUUUGGGGGUGACGUUGGGUACCAGACCUUCCUCUACAGCUCCGAGCACGACACCCGCCGCCUCCUCCUCUUCCUGGUGGAAAAGCUCCCUCGGGAUGAGAGCGAGAGCGGGACCGAGCCCCCCGGGAAAUCGGGGGCUCUGCUCCGAGCCAUCGGCGCCCGCAUCCGGGAGCAAUUGGGGACCCCCUGGGUGCCCCCCCUUUGUCGCACCCCCCUUCUGCAGCGCCUGCAGGGCACAAGUCGCCUCCAUCCCUUCACUACCUGCCCCUUAGUCCUGCCCCAAAGUGGGGGCCCCCCAGAGCUGCAGGAGUAUUAUGGGGGUGCUGCCCCCCCCGUGCCGGCGCAGCCCCCCCUUUGCACCAGGACCCCCCCAGCUUUACUGGAGACCCACAUGGCCCAGCUCAGCGCCCGCCAUGACUGGGAGGCUGAAUGGGGGGGCCCCGGCUUGGCCUCUCGUCUGCCCCCCCAGGAAUAUGUGGGUCGGAAGCGGCUUCGUGCUCGGCUCCGGGCUCUGGAACCCCUGCGCCAGGCCUGCCCCCCCCGGCCCCCAGGCCCCCCCUUGGACCCUGCAUGGCUCCAAGAGGCUUUUGGGGCUGGGGGGUCCGGGGGGGCCCUGCCAAAGGGGUCCCGCUUCACCCGUACCCAGCACCUGACCCAUGAGCAGGACCCCCAGAUCCUGCUGCAGCAGAUCCAGGUGGCUGCAGAGACCCAGCACCCGUCAAAGGGUGCUGAGGAGGACGCAGGAGCCCGUCAGGCCAGCGAGGAGGCAGCUCUGGAGCAGACCCUGGCCCAGUUGGAUGCUGCCAUUGAAGGAUGCCGCGCGGAGAUGCGGGAUGCUCAGCUCAGCCUCACCCAGGCAGAAGCAGAGGUGCAGCAGCGCCGCUUGGCCCUGGGGGGGAGAGAGGAUGCUCUUCGCUUGAAGCAACAAGCAAUUGAGCUGCUCCCUGAUGCUCAGAGCAACAUGGCCAAGCUUCAGCUGGUGGUGGAGGCGAGCGGGCGCCGCAUCGUGAGCCUGGCAGGGCAAUGGGAACGGCACCGGGGCCCCCUCCUCGCCCAGUACCGGCACCUCCGGGCCCUGCGGGACUCAGCCCAGCUGGAAUCAUCGCGGCGCCUCUCGGAGAUCCGGGCCCUGCACGAGCGGAGCCGCUCGGCCGCGGAUGAAGCCCGGCGCAAGGAGGAGCUUUACAGGACCCUGGUGGCGGAGCUGGAAGCGCUGCCCCGCGACGUCUCCCGCGCCGUCUACACCCAGCGCAUCCUGGAGAUCGUGGGCAACAUCCGGAAGCAGAAGGAGGAGAUCAGCAAGAUCCUGGUGGAUACAAGGGCGCUGCAGAAGGAGAUCAACUCCUUGGUGGGGAAGCUGGAGAGGACCUUCAGUGUCACCGAUGAGCUGCUCUUCAAGGAUGCCAAGAGGGACGAGGUGGUGAGGAAGGCCUACAAGUACCUGGCAGCUCUGCAUGAGAACUGUGCCCAGCUCAUCCAGACCAUUGAGGACACAGGCACCAUCCAGAGGGAGAUCCGGGACUUGGAGGAGCAGAUCGAGGCCGAGACCAGCUCCAAGCCCCCCGCCACCCUCGAGCGCAUCCUCAGCGACUGCCGGGCGCUGCGGGAGGAGAACGCGGCGCUGGCGGCGCGGCCCCGCCGCUGA